GAUUGAGUUCUACCUGCUGCUGUGACAUUUCUCUUUCCCUUUUCUACUCAGCUUGUUUGUUUCAUCACCAGGGGGCGACGGCGAGCUGCCUAGGAGCCUGACGCAAAAAGAGGCGGGGUAUACUUCCUUUUAAAAAGCCUGAUUCUCUGUUUUUUCUCACAUCUAGAGAGAGAGAGCGGAAAAGAAGGUAGUUUGUUUACCUCCUCCUCCGGUAGAGUUUUUCACACCGAUUAUUCAUCCACUUUGGAGCCAUUUUCCCUUAACCGACACUGGAAUUUACUCCUUUUGUUCCACUGCUUCCCUUCUUUUGUAUUUCAUCCUUGGAAUUUAUUGUUGACAAUUUUGGAGUUGAGGACCACAUUGGAAGUCACACAACCUAUUUUUCUUUUCUCUUUUGUGGGGGUUAGAGUCAAGCUUCCACCGUAUAAAUUGGGAAAUUACGGUGAUGUCUUAUGAAUGACAUGCAAUCUUCAAGACCGCCAAACCUGCGCGAUGGCUCGACCGAAGUAACUUCAGAGGAGGGGACCGAGGGAGACCCAGCAGCCUCAGCGCGAAAACCACGUCUGUCGAAGCGCAGAGAGCGGAGCUGCGCGCUGCAGCCGGGCGCCGCUGGCACCGCAGGAGGAGGAAGGGAUCCGGACUCGGACUCGCCGCCCUGUUCCGUAAGCCCGGCCAGUUUAGACGUCUUUCGAAGCAGGUCGAUUUUCCGCCCUACUCGCCGCUCAUCCAGCGGAUACUUCUCCUUUGACUGUGACUCGCUUCCGAGCUCCCCGCUCACCCCGCACCCGGUGACGGCUGACAAAGCCACACAGACUGCCAGUCCCACGGGCCAGGUGAUGAAGCACGCCCUGCAGCGAAUGGCUGUGGAGCAGGGUGGACAGGGAGCGCCCGGGCUGCACGGACAUUCUGCCAUACCCUAUAGCGAGUGGGAGGGAAUCGCAGCACGGGAUAUGCAGUCAGAAACCUUUGGUCGUCAGCUCCGGACCAUCGGAGAUGAAUAUAACAACCACCUGCUGAGAAUGGCAGGAAGACACCGACGGAAUAUUGUCCCUCUAAACCUGAUGCCACACAUCCAACAAGAGCCAGUUGCCAUGCUCUGUGUCGGACUCCUGCUUCUCUUGAUUGGACGAAUAAUGUACUUGCAAGGCAGUACAAGCAGCCAUGACCACCCUCAGGUUUAGCUUUGGGAAAACCCAGCAGACGUAGCAUUUCCUUGAUUAUGUUAUAAACAUAUAUCAAUUUUUGACUCUUUUUUUAAUAUAUAUAUAUUUGGGACGUCAAUUACUUGUUCCUUCCCUCUGUACCUUUUUUUUUCUUUCAGGAAGGAACUCUAAAAUGUUCAUAUGUUUGAUUUUCCUAUAUGGCCACAGAGCUUCCCAUCAUUCUACCAAAGAGUCUAGAUUUGCACUCCGUUUUUUUGAGCAAAGGUGGUCAUUUCAUCUGAACAUAAUGCCUGUGGAAAUUCAGACGUGCCUUGUACAGUUUGUUGUUUACUUUAUUUCAUAUGAUUUGUUAAGUUUUGGGGGGGGGUUGUAUAUUAUUUCAUGGAGAAAAUGUGCUUUCUGGGCAAUCACACUCUGUUACCCAGGUUGUAAAAUACAUGGGUCUGAAUUUAUUUCUUUUCACCUUUGAUGCAUUUGAAAUAGAGCUGCAGUUAUAAUGUAAAAAUACAGCAGAUUAAUGGACUUUAAAAAAGUAUGAUGUAACACAUUGUUUCAAAACUGAAUUUAGAUUUUACCCGGUCAAAAUAUGUCAUUAUUUGCCAACCAUUUAUUUUUUGGUAGAAAGAUGAAUUAUAUUGUGACAACCCGGUCAACUUUUACUUUUGACAUGAUGAAAUGUGUUUGGCUAGUUGAGCUUGAUGGCCUAUGGGAGUGAUAUAAUUUGAAUAAUUUGUACAUGAGUAUUUAAAAGAAAUUCUCUAGUAGUGUUCCAAUUGUUUUAACAUUACAAAUAAUUUCUCUUAUUUAUGGUAUUCCUAUUAGAAUGGUCUUAACAGCAGUUUUGACAUAAUUUUAGCAACACAAUUCUAUGCAUUACCUAAAGCAAAAAAAAAAUGCAACAAAAACAUAUAUUUUUGUUCAGCAUUAAAACAAAGAUUUUGCACCUUUAUUACUAAAAUCUACUGCUUAGUCAUCCACUGGUCAAUGCAAUACCUGUUACCAAACUGCCCAAAAAGCAGAGUAAUGUUAAUGAGCAUAGUAACAAUUGAUUUAAGUCAGUCAUUAAAAAAGUAAAUAGUGUCAUUUAGUACUUUGUUGUUUAUUAAUCUAUAAACCUUGCCAUUGCUUUUGAUUAAGUGAUCAAAUUUUAUGGUCUUCCAGCAUCUGGUUUCAACAUUAGCAACCAGGGUGAAAGUCACCAGCAACUUUUGGUUUGUUGACAAUUUUCCGUUUAUUAGCACUGUGAUUCAGACUUGGCCAAGUCUGCUCAUUCUUGCCAGCUCAUUAAACAAUCCAAGAGGUUUUUGGAUAGCAACCAGCCAUGGCAAAAUCCGGAAGGGUUUUCUUUUUAUUAGUUACAAAUCUAACAAAGUCAACGCAGUCGUGAAGAUAAAAAAAACAACAUAUUUCUUGGGCUGUGCACCUUAGAACUUGUCGACCGUCAUGAGAAAAUGACUUUUAGUUAAGAAUUUUUAGUAUUUCUGUUAGAUUUUCCUUAAGUGGUGGAUUUGUCUUUAGUUAUUUUCAUUUUUAUCAUUCUUCUUUAAAAUAUACUCAUGGUAUUUUUUUCGUUAUUAUUUCUAAAAUGUCAUUUUUGAGUUAAACAUGGUAACAGAAUUAAAAACUACCAACCGCUAAGUUUUAUUGCCCUUGAUUGUUAAUGUGCCUGGGCCACUUAAUGGUCACAGUAACAACAGUUUAAAAAAGUUCCCAUCAUAAAACUUGUUUAGGUUUUAGGUUGUUUAGAUAAGAUGCCAUAGAAACCGACUGGAGUUUUUCAAAUAGCCUUUUUAAGGGUACAGUAAUGGAUGGUAACCCCUUCCCCACCUGUUUCUGAGUAAUGUCAUGUGGUUUUAAAAAAAAAAGAGAGACUCCCUCAAG